AUUACGGCCGCGCGUGACGACCGCUAUUUGUGUAGCGCGCCCUCUUUUGACGGAAUUACGCCCUUUCGUUCCCAGAGCUUUUUUCCCCCAACUUUUUCCAAUACUAAUAGAGAAAGCAGGCAGUGGUGGGGGCGCACUGCUCGACCCCCUGGGAACGAUUAAGUGAGAAUUUCUACGCGAGUAAGUGUGAGAUAAGAGUUGUGGUCAUACAUUCUUGAGGUUGAAGUCGGUGUCUCUUAGUGCAGUACAUGCAUACUUCAAACCUCACAAUGGAGAUGGAUUUAGAUGCCGCUUUGAACGAACUCGGGAUGUUGAGUACCGUAACGGACAGCCGCAAGGACUAUCUCAACGAACAGGCCAGGCGUCGCACAUCCUCAUGCUACAACGUCAUGCAAAUGAACCCGGAGUUCGUGACGCGACUUGGACCUGUGUGCUUUCCGCUGAAGCCGAAACCCCAAAUCAAUGACGACGAUGAAGCGCCGAGGAGUUUGAGGGCGGGCUCCGCUCCGCAUCUCGAGACGGACGAUCAACGAGUUGCGCGCCACAAGAGGACAAAGCCGCGCUUCAGCCGACCAUACCACAUCCCCAAGCAUGCGUCAACCGGCCACAUGCGAAGGACGACAGAACCGAACGACGACAACCCGGACACAGUCAAAAUGGACUCAGCAGCCAAUUCUUUGAGUCUAGAUACAAACCCCGAAACAUCGCCAACCCUCCAUUUUCUGACGAGAUCAAAGUCGGUGGAUGACCUCAGCAAGACCGGUAACGCCAUCAAGGUCAUGGUCAGUGCCGGGGUCACGACUCCGCAUCAGGAGCUAGAAAUGGUCUCCAAGAACCUGCGGAACUUACAAGUGUCGUCAAGUUAAUUUAAAUUCUUCCCCUGAAAUUCUUCAUCAAUGAUGUGUUUACAUUUAUGUAGUGCUUUAUACCAAAGGUCUCAAACUGCUUCACGGUUCAUCAGGCCCUAUGAGCCCAGACCAUUUUUUUUGCAGCAGCAGCUCAAGAUCAGCAGUCUAGUCUCUCCCGUCACUGGUGUCCAUUUAUAGUUUUACUCCUGGGUGGAGAGAUAACUGUAGUAAAGUGUCUUGCCCAAGAACACCAUGUUUUCCAUCAGGUUUGGAACCCACAUACAUGUACCACCACUGCACAAGUUGAACGCCACAACCAUUGGGCCACCACGCUCCACCCGUAAAUUCUAAACCCUUACUCCCUAGGCCUUUUUGCUAGGAUGUAGCCUCAGUCCUGCAAAAUCCUCCAAUUUGCCUCAUGGAAAUUAGCAUAUAGCCUCAAUCCUGCAAAUUCCU